UUAAAAAAAAAAAAUAAGUGGAGUCGCUGACGUUAGCUCGCUAGCUAGCCCGGCUAGCGCUGAGAACAAAUUGAUAGAUGAAGCGUUUGUUGAUGCCACCGCGGCGGGCUCUUCGGCACCGGGAGCGAAAUACUGUAUCCCCAUCCUCGCCGCACUUUUAAUUUUCUACUGUUUUUAAAUCGGAACAAUUGGUUUUGAGGCCGAACAUACAUCUCAGAUCAUGAACGGCCUCUCCGUCAGCGAGCUGUGCUGCCUCUUCUGCUGCCCUCCCUGCCCCAGCCGUAUUGCUGCUAAGCUGGCCUUCCUGCCACCAGAGCCCACUUACGCCCUUCUGCCUGACCUCGAAGCUGCUCCUGCCCCCAGUGUCGCCUUGGGGGCUUCGGGCCUUCGUUCUCGGGGCAGCGGAGGUGGUGGAGGGGUCGGUGGGGGUGGAGAGGUGAGGUGGAAACUCCACCUGACAGAACGAGCGGAGUUCCAGUACACUCAAAGGGAGCUGGAUGGUAUCGAGGUCUUCCUCACACGCUCCAGCCGUGGAAAUAAAGUGGGCUGUAUGUACAUCCGCUGCGCCCCCUCUGCCAGGUUUACCGUCCUGUUCUCCCACGGCAACGCGGUCGACCUGGGUCAGAUGAGCAGCUUCUACAUUGGCUUGGGCACGCGCAUCAACUGCAACAUCUUCUCCUAUGACUACUCUGGCUACGGCGUCAGCACGGGCAAGCCCUCCGAAAAGAACCUGUACGCCGACAUCGAUGCAGCCUGGCAGGCUCUGCGCACAAGGUAUGGCAUAAGCCCGGAGAACAUCAUCCUGUAUGGCCAGAGCAUCGGCACCGUGCCCACUGUGGACCUGGCAUCACGGUACGAGUGUGCUGCCGUGGUUCUCCAUUCCCCGCUCACAUCUGGAAUGAGGGUAGCCUUCCCGGAUACCAAGAAGACCUACUGCUUUGAUGCCUUCCCCAACAUCGAGAAGGUGUCCAAGAUCACAUCGCCGGUGCUCAUCAUCCACGGCACAGAGGACGAGGUGAUCGACUUCUCCCACGGCCUGGCCUUGUACGAGCGCUGUCCCAAGGCUGUGGAGCCCCUGUGGGUGGAGGGUGCCGGCCACAAUGACAUCGAGCUCUACAGUCAGUACCUGGAGCGGCUGCGGCGCUUCAUUGGCCAGGAUCUGGCGACGCAGCAUGCCUGAGCAUCGGGCAGGCAACACGAAUCUGCUUGUGGAGGCCCGCAGAGCCAGCGGACUUUAGCCAUUAGGCAGCUCUCUUCCCUUUUGUGUCUGGAUGGACGUUUGUGUUCACUCAGUUGCCUGCCUACCUGUCACCUGGGUGGGUAUGUGGUCCAGUCCUCCAUCGGUGUUUCCACUGAGACUUUCUCAGACAGCAUCGUGUUAUAUCUCACCUUCCUUCCCCCCGUUCACCUGUCAGUCCCAUCACUUUUUCUACUCACUUACCUCCAGGGAUUGUGCAAGAACUCAGGCUUGUGUGUGAGCCCCCCCGCCUAUCCUUUCCUCUACUCCACCCCCACGUUUGUCUUCUCUGUGUCUCUGUGUUGUUCGUUUUCCCUUCUGUUCCCGGAAUUCCCCAGCGAAUGACACCUUUGGGAGGCGGAAUCCACGGGCGCUCUCCUACUCCCCAUUCCACACCUCCUGACUUCCUGUAGCCGUGUACGGACCGGAGGCGGGCUCUCUGGGCACAAUGCCUACUCUGAUGGGAAGUGGAGCAGCUGGUGGAAUGGACUGCAGAAGAGUGACUGACGUGUGAACCAUGGGUGGAAACCACACCACUCCUCGGCGGCCCCACUGAGACUGCACAUUCCUCAUCAUUCUGCGGACCCCCAGGGACGUGGAGUGAGGGGGAUCAGUGGGUUUUUGGGGGGUUGUGGGUCACAGACAGCUGCUUUUUGUCAUGUUCAUUUUGUGCAAAAAGACUAUUUUUAAACGUGCACGUGGCUCAUGAGAGCCACAUAAGGCUUACUAAGAAAUUCACCUUUUAUAACCCCCCCCCCGGCAUCAUACUUAGUUUCCUUUUAACUGUCAUGGACCCAGCAAAAAAAAAAUAAGUGAACAAAAAAGUUAUGGAACAUUUUUGCGCACUUCUUCGUGAAAUCGUUCAGACCUGUAAUGUUCUCUGAAGAAGUACCGAAGCAAAUAAGAAAUCUAUUUUUAUAUGAAAUUAAUUGCAACUGAUAAGGGAGCCGUCAGAAACCAGUAAGCGGAGUUGAAUGUUACGCAGAGGUUGGGGGGAAAACGCUGACGGACUGAUCGUCGGCAGGAGGCGAGCGGAACACGUUGAAAACACCCCCCUUUUCUGUUGUGUACGAACAUCAGCAUCAUGUGUGGUGAUCGUUCUUUCCCGCUUUGUUGCGUGUGGGUUGGAAAGAGAGAGCGAGAAUCCCUGUCUUGGAUAUUUAACCAAGAGCUUUUUUUUUUUUUUUUUAAAUGUGGUAUGUAAGCAUGAAUAAAAAUGGGGGGAGAGAGCACCACUCUGGAAGAUGAGGGCGAUACGGUCAUUAUUUGUGGCUCCCGGCUUUCUGGUUUACCACCAGCCGUGUUGCCUCACGCAGUCGCUCGCGCAGUCGACAAAUGACUAAUGGGAUGUUAAUCAUCCCAUCUGCCUUGACGCUUCGCGCUGGGGAUCCUGCGAGCGCCAUGCGCUCCCAGGAAUGCAAUAGUCACACGCAAAAACACGGCCCAUUCCGUCGUGUACUUGGAACGCUUUCAUGUUUGGUGUUAUGGGACUGGUCCAUCCAGGUCUCUCACUGACGUCUCCUGGAACGACUCCAUCUACUUUCUCUACUGACAUCCAUGUUAAAAUGAAAUCUGUUGAAAAUUUUACUCGUGUAUACUGCAUUGAAGGUUAAUUCUUGUUUGAAGUGACGUUCAGGUGAGGGCUACAUCUCCACACAAUGAACAUAGCUUAGGGUUUGUUUGGGAAACAGUUUCUUCCCCCUGCAUAAGGUGGUGAAAAAGCAUAACGCUGAUGCCAGUCACUGUCAAAACUGAGUUAUUGCGGUUUCUGCUAACUUGCUGCUAGCGAUGAGGAUCAAAGAAUCUGAACGGAGGGAGAAGGUCCAAACCCUCCACUCGAUAAACUGAGGGGGGAAGUGAACCACAGAAGCCUCCAAUCCGGGUCACCUCGGCGUCUCUGGUCACCACGUGGCUCCGACGGCUGCUGGACAUUUGUCAAAGGGGGAAUGCAGCAUCAACUCUGAUCCAACGGAAGUCGAACACGCCCCCGUAUCCACGAUGCACAUACGCAGGUGAAGCAUGUACACAAACUACAACUGGAACGAAACGUUUUCUUCUCGGCAUGGAGCCACUCUUUCUCAAAUACGUUCCGAGUGCGCCGUUUGGUUGAAACAUCUCUACAUUCUGUGUAAACACUGUUGUUGUGACGUGGAGGUGCCGCGGGGUGGUGCGUUUGGACAGUCCCCCCCAUACCGGCCCAGCAUGGCAAGGAGUUUGCUCAUUUGUGUCACCUUCACGCGGCAUACAGAAUCAACAGUGCUGGCAGUGUGUGUCUUCACUGGUUCACCUGCGUGAAGAAAACCAAAAGCUGGCCCUGCUUCUCAGGUCUGGCCUGAUGGGCUGCAGUUUCCCUCCAGAACCAAAGACAACGUGAACCCAAGCCGGGGAGGACAACCACACUGCAGUGUCUCCCAUGCUCCCCGGGGCUAAAGUAAAACCGUGUUUGGGAGCCAUUUUGAGAAACAUCCAGGUUACGGGCGGUGACUAAACAGAUGCCGUGUCAGAAAAUGGCUUUUCGUAACAGAUUAAGCAAACAGGGAAAGGAAGCCCGUGUGAUUCCGUGAGCGCGUCGGGUGCUGGGGUAUGAGACGGCCAAAGCUGCCGUCAGUUCCAGACGGACGCCUGUGGACAAUACAAAAGUGAAACCGUUAUUUCUUUUACUUUUUAUAAAUUGCUCAGAAGUACUGUAUCGUAUUGUUAUCUGCUUUCGGAGACGUGUUGGGUUUCGGUGGGUUGGGGAAUGGAAAUUAUGAGGGGUCUGGUUGAUGUGUUCUAUCGUAUCCAGUUAUACCAUGUUUAUAUUAUUCAGUUUGUGAUAUUUAGUUAAAUUUUGUUUUAUCUUUGUUUUGUCAAAGAAAUGCAAAGACAUGUUACAGAAAAUAAACUGAUGAAGUGAUGAACUAA